GACCGUUCCGCGUACUUUUGUUCCAUAUGCGCGAACGCCUGUGUGUCUGCGGUUGGUGUAUAGAUUAAUGCAGUUGAAGGUUUAAAGCUAACCGUUUGUGACCUGCUUAGUUACAACUAGGACCUCGGGCAUCUAAUAGGUGAUAGAAACGUCUGGAGUUGAGUUUUUAUGGGUUGACGCUUUAAUCUUGCCCUUUUAACACCCGUCGGCGGCUAGCCUCGCCAAGCUAUCUCAUAAAACUGGGAGGAACAGGCAGGCAAGGGGGUCAAAGCUGAGGUUUGAUGAGACACCUCUUGCGCUCAAAGUUAACAGUCAGUUUAAGUAACGUCGUAUAUUUUAUUCCCUCAAAGACCGUAGACCUACAGUAGAGUUUUGCGCCAUGGUGAUACUGAGGGCCGUUUUGGCUCCGUUGGGCCGUCAGGUCCACAGACAGCUCGAGCAGGUCCGACGUCAGCGAUGGGUACCUGCGCGCGGGUGCAACCUGUCCGCGUGCUCCAGCAGAUCCCUCCUGUCGCAAAUGCACCCUAUGUGGCAGGAGCCCCUGGCGGUCCCGGGGGGAGACCGUCAAUCGCCGAUUGACAUCGCGGUGCCCAAGAGUGUGUUUGACCCGCAACUCAAGCCGCUCGUAACGCGAUACGACCCCAGGACAUGUCAGCAGAUAUGGAACAACGGGUACUCUUUCCUGGUGGAAUAUGAUGAUACCACAGACAAAUCAACGCUGUAUGGCGGUCCGCUGGAAGAUCAGUUCCGACUGUGUCAGUUCCAUUUCCAUUGGGGUGAGAAUAAUGGCUGGGGAUCUGAACACACAGUGGACCGUCUCCUCUACUCUGCUGAGCUCCAUCUGGUCCACUGGAACUCUGAUAAGUACACCCUGUUUGAGGAGGCAGUAAUGGAGAACAAUGGCCUGGCUGUUAUUGCAGUGUUUCUGAAGGUUGGGAAGAGACAUGAGGGCCUGCAGAAGUUGGUGGAUGCGUUACCUGCCGUCAGGCACAAGGACAGUGUGGUGGAGUUCACCAAGUUCGACCCAGCCUGCCUCCUGCCUGAGAACAUGGACGACUACUGGACAUACUCAGGCUCUCUGACCACGCCCCCUCUGACCGAGGCCGUCACGUGGAUCAUCAUGAAGCAGCCGAUUGAAGUCAGCCAUGAUCAGCUAGCAGUAUUCCGGAGUUUGUUGUUCACCUCAGCUGAAGAGGAUGUCCAGAAGAGUAUGGUGAACAACUUUCGGGUGCAGCAGCCACUGAGGGGCCGCACAGUCCGCUCAUCUUUUUCGCCCUUCCUUCAGGGCACCCCAUCGGGCGAGGGCCCCCAUGCUGCCCAGUGACCCGACCCGACACACUUUCUCCACCUGGUCUUUAGACACCCGUUACCUUUGGAAAUAGUGCUUACAUCUUCCUGGUCUUGAACAGGCUUAUCACAGGCCUGGCAGAACGGACCUACUGUACAGGAUAGGUUUGGAUUAAACGGAGAAUCACAGUAAAGUUUAGUUAUGAUGAGGACGUAGUCGUACCGUACGCUGUGUGCCACUUCAUAUUGGUCCCUGUGGUUUCUACUCAAACGGUUCUUAAGUUACAUUUAAGACCUGCACAUAUGAUGGCCUUCUUUUUGAAGGGUCGUUAAGGAUAUGUCAGGUUUUGUUUAGGAAUCCACAAGGCAUGUGCGUUACAGUAGUUAGUAGAUGUGGACAUAUGGCUCCCUCUUGUGGUCAAAGCGGAAAUGCGCCGAGUCAUGUCUUCAUAUAACAUGGCAAUUUAGUGUUUACAUUCACUGAGAAUUCACUUUAACCGUCAGACUGCUUUUAAUUAGUUACUUUAGUAGUUAUGUGUAUUUAAUCUUUUUGACCAAUCAGUAUGUUUAGUAAAGAUAUAUGUUUGUAAGCAGAUAAAUUAUCAGUAGUUUUAAUAGAGACUACAAAUGAAGGAAGCUGACAAACCUAAACACUAGAUGCAAAAUAAUAAUAAUAAUAAUAGUAAUAAUAAUAAUUUGGGGUGAAAAACUUGUUCUUUUUAGUUUUUUUUCUUCUCUUUUUAGCAUUAGUAUAUCUCAGAUUACGUAUAUUUGUGCUAAAUGUUGGUUUUCAAGCAAAAUGAGAAACUUGGCGACAUAGUCAAGUCAGCUAAAGUAUGACCGCAAGACAUCUGCAAGAACCAGUCUCAAUCCAGUGUUUCCCGAUUAGAAGUAGACUUUAACAUGCAAAGUUACAUAAAAAAACCUGUUUAACAACAUUCCGAGAAAGACCUGAUCUCCUCAUUAAUGUUCAGUAUUUGGUCUACUUUCGUCUUGUACUGUAUCGUGUAUAAACUGAUUUUGAUGAUGGACUAUAUCAGUACCCUUAAGGACACAUGAUUAACGCUUGGGCUUGCUGUGAGAAGCUCAUGGCCUUCAGACAGGGCUAGUACACACACGCAGUUACUGACUGGUUAGGGCUGGCCCGUGCCCUGCGGUACACUGCACUCUGAGAACUACCAAGGUGCCUUAGGCGUGGGACUCUCUCCUGUUGACUCUCAGUAAAUGCUUUUGUCUAUUCAUUCUUAUCCGUUCCGUUCUUAUUCGACAAUAAAGUUGUUCGAGUAUUUGUAAUCUCGACGAUGGCGCAUUUUAGGAAGCAUUUUACAAAGGAUCAGUACACGACUCAAGUUCACCACUAGAGGGUGUUAGAGGCCCAAGAGAGACGCUGGGGUGAACAAGACUACAGUGGGUCCUCAGCAGAGAGAGAUAUAGCCAAUAUCAAAAGCAGAUUACUGUUGAGAUUUGUUGCUGCUGUUUUUAGAAACUGCCAUGUUGGUGUAUGUGCAUGUGAGAGAGAAUCAAAGGAACUACCAAGGAAGUGUGAGAAUUGUGGGAAAUGCGGUGUAUUGUGAGGAAAGCAACUAGGGUUGUUUGCGCUACCACAAAUGUGUUUCAGAUGAAAAUUGGGGAUGUGAAGUAGGUGUGUAUUAGGGCUCUUCCUAGUAGGGGCCAGGGUCUGGAACAAAGAAUCUCUCUCUGACUAAAAACACAGAUCUCCUGUCAGUUUCUGUGACCAGGAGUGUCACAGCCAGGGCAGAAUCCCUGCUCCUAGACCAGUUCUCCUUCUCUGAGUCGUCAUUGUGAAGUCCAAGACGCUGUCUUUUCAGAAGUGCUGUGACAGCACACUGUGCCUCUUUGUGGCUGCUUGAACAGAAUGCGAGUACAAACGUCGCCCCUUGCGCUGGCCCCCAGCGUGAAAGGGCCACCUGGUUCUGUCCCCACCAGAGCCACCCCUCACAUUAAACGACGCUAACCAGACCCGAAAACCGGAUUCACUCUCCAAACACAGGGUGCCGUCUGAGCGAGGGACCCUGUCUGUACCACUGCCCAAGGGACUGGCUGCUGCCUCCAAUCAGAAGAGGGGAAGAUCGCCCAGCGCCCCCGGGUGGUGUUCUUUAAAGCUGAGAUCUUAACGGACUCCUUUUGUUGGCGUGGUGUGUCUGUUUCAUGGAUGUGUGAUGGACUGAGCAGAUAGUUCCUCUCUAGCGUAUUUUGCUUGUAUGAGGUUUUGCUGUUUGAACUGUUUGGUGUAUUUUUUUCUGUUUUUUGUUAUUAUUGUUUAUUUUACCAUGAAUGUUAAUGAUGCCUUGUAUUCUUCCUAAUAUUUUCUCUAUUUCCAUAAGUCAUUCUCACAUGAAAAACACUCAAACCUAUCCCAGUACCACAUUUUCAAAAAUGUAGCAUAAUUACCCACAACCCUUUAUGUUUGACUCGUGAUUCUGUUAUUUGAGGUGAAGUGUGUAAUGAAUAACUAGUUUAAUUAACACAGUGAAGGUGAAUUCAAAUGUUGCUCAUUUUUCCUGUGUACCAUCUGCUGUCUUGUUCCCUGUGGUUCUGACUUGGGCAAGAGGGCAGAUCCCGACUUUUCCUUAGAGUUCCAGAGGGUUCCGAUGAUUGCCAGAGGCCUGUUCCCAGCAUGCUCUGUUGUAGCAGGUGCCGGUUCAUGCCGGUUCAAACUGGUUCAGCUGCAGUGGACAUUUCCCAUGCAGCCUUUGAUGGCUGAGUCUCAGGAGAGAGCCCCUCGUAACCCAUCUGAGGACACGUACAAAAACACCCCCAUCCACGUUACAUCUGUUCAUUCGUACAGGCCGCAACAUUUGUGUAGUGACCUUUCCUUCAUGUAAAGGGUGAAAUUAAAUAAAUAUAAACAUCCGUAGCCGA